AUGGGUCACUUCUCCGACUCUCAAGGUUUACUUGCGGCGGACAAAGACAUGUCCUCGGGGAGAAAUAGCGAAGACAUAGAAUCAUACAUCCAACCCCCCAAGAAAAGAUCACUAGGAGAUCAUUGUGGCCCUUGGAUUAUCCAUCUCUUCCUCGCCUGCGUCUAUACAGCAAUUUUCUUUGCUAUAUGGGAUCAUACCAAGCCUGAACAAGCAACAUGUCCAGCCAAAUAUAGCGAUCCCAACUCCCAAGCAUACACACCUGCGUGGAAAUCCCUGAAAUGGGAGACACAUAUGCUUGACAACCAGCUUGACAACUCCAAUCCUUACAAGGGACUCCCAAGGCCAGAAUUCGAGAGAGCUUGGGAUGAACUACUUGAACCGGCAGCAAUAAAAGUUGAUAAGGAUACCUUAGACAGGAUAAACCACACUUCAGUUCCUUUACUUGAUGGUUCUGGCUAUAUGGCCGCCUUGGAUGUCUUCCACCAGCUUCACUGCCUUAGAUGGGUGCGCAAGUUCCUUCACCCAGACCACUACGAAAUCAAGGAGAAAAACUUCGGCCAACACAUUGAUCACUGCUUGGAAAAUCUACGGCAAUAUGUGAUGUGCAAUGCCGAUUUAUCAAUCAACACCUUUGAGUGGAUUCCAAACUUCCGCCGCCCUUGGCCAAAUUUCCAAGUUACUCAUGAGUGCGCAAACUGGGACUCAAUCAAGCAAUGGGCCUGGGCGAACAGCUUCAACGGCUACGAUGACAAUCUCAUCAAACAUCCUGAUUUUCAUCCAGAACUACCGGACCCCUUUGAUUAUGCUGCAGGUGGUAACGAUGUGUAG